AUGAGUCGCCUCUCGCGCAUCUUCGCCGCUAGGGCGGUUAGUGAGUUGUUCCGGCCGCUGGCUCCGCAGGGUGGAGGGAAAAAGGUGCUUUACCUUCUAAACCUGACCAAGCUGCAUGUGUACGAGCAGCUGCUGCUGGAGGAGUGCCUCUACCGAAUGAGUACCCCCCUCAGCCAGGGGGAGAACAACGUCGGGUUUGUCCUCAUCAAUGAUACAUAUUCCGGCGCGAAGGAGGGAGGAGGAGAAGAAGAAGAAAAAGGAGAAGAAAAAGGAGAAGAAAAAGGAGAAGACGAAGAAGAAAAAGAAGACGAAGAAAAAGAAGACGAAGAAGACGAAGAUGAAAAAUUCACCCCCCCAGAAAACAAGUGCAUCGUUCUAGGCAUCAGCGGAAAAGUAGCCAAUUUUAUAAGGGACGUCGACUACAUUGGUAAAAAUAAAAUCGCGCUGAUUAGGAGGUACACAGGAGGGGGCACAGUUUUCAUUAGGAACAACUGUCUGAUGUUCAGCUUAAUUCUUCCUUUUCAUUUUGAAGAGGAAAGACAGUUGUAUUCGUCCAACGUGGCGGAGUGGGUCUUCAACUCGUUUUAUCACCCCGUUUUUAACGCCACAUCUGGGGUGGAGGAAGAAGAAAAAAGAGAAGAAAUUCCCAACCGCUUUAUCCACCACCAAAAUGACUAUGUGCAUCUCCAUCACGACCACGUACAUGACGCAAUCACGAUGAAGAAAGUUGGAGGGAAUGCACAAGCCUUUUCUAAAAAUUAUUUUGCCCAUCACACGUCCCUCCUGUGGUCAUGCGACUACGACGAAAUGGAAAGAGUAAUUACCAACCCGUGUAAGCAACCCCUAUACAGAAACGGAAGGAACCACAGGGACUUCUUAACCUCCCUGGAGGAGUGCCUACCGGGUGAUGGACGCACUCCAAAGGGGUUCAUCGGCAAAUUUGUCUCUAACAUACGACGGCUAAUUAACCAAAAAAAUGAUCAAAGUGAAGGCCCCUUUUGGCACUUUCAUCGGAUCGACUUGGGUAUCCAUGGGGACUCUCCAAUCGCACCGGGCGACCACAUCUUUGACGAGGUGCACUCGGUGGAUGCAACCAUUUGGAGGGACCUCUUCCGUUCCUUUUGCAGCAGCGAGGAGACGAAGAAUCUGCGGUCGACGCGUCUGUUGGACCCCCUCGGGGGGGUGUUACCCGACGGUGAAUUUUGCGGGCCGUCCUUCCUCUUGCGGUGA